GAUUGCUAUUCAAAUAUUAUCAAUGGGAGUCUUUGUUGCCCUAAUCUUGCUCUACAUCCAAUGGAGAGCAAAGGCCAACAGUCACAAAAGCAAGGGGAGGGUGGUCCCUGAACCAUCCGGUGCCUUGCCAAUUGUUGGUCAUCUGCAUUUGCUGGGAGGAAAAGAGCCAGUUGCACGAACCUUCGGUGCCAUGGCCGACAAAUACGGGUCAGCCUUUAUGCUUCGUCUUGGUGUGAAUCGUACAUUUGUGGUGAGUAGUUGGGAGAUGAUGAGGGACUGCUUCACUAUCAAUGAUAGGGUUUUUGCCACACGCCCACUCAGUGCAGUUGGGAAGCACCUGGGCUACGAUUAUGCAAUGUUUGGGUUUGCCCCUUACGGACCAUACUGGCGUGAGAUUAGAAAGAUAGCCACAACUGAGCUUCUCUCCAAGACAAGACUUGAGAUGCUGAAGCAUGUAAGGAUCAAUGAAAUAGAUGUAUGCAUCAAAGAGUUGUACUCUCUUGGGGCCAAGGGUAGUACUAGUACUACCACUAGUGCUACCCAUCUUGUAAAGGUGGAGAUGAAGCAGUGGUUUGAGCAUCUAAGCUUGAAUGUGGUCACCAAAAUACUUGCAGGCAACAGAUACUUUGGCAACAACGAUGAUGGAUAUGAGGUUGAGGCCCAGAGAUUUGGAAAAGCGUUUAAUGAGUUAGCACGUCUAGGUGGGGUGUUUGUCAUCUCAGAUGCACUCCCCUAUCUCAAAUGGUUCGAUUUGGGGGGAUAUUUGAGGUCCAUGAAAUGUGUUGCUAAGGAAAUAGACUCUUUAAUUGGAAAUUGGCUAAACGAACAUCGCCGCAAGGCACUAUCUGGGAAGAUGGAAGGUGAAGUAGAUUUCAUCGAUGUGAUGCUAUCCAUCAUUCACGAUCAUCAUAAUGAUUUGAAGUCUAGUUACGAUGGAGAUACCAUUAUCAAGGCAACUAUAUUGUCUCUAAUGGUAGCUGCCUCGGAAUCUACAUCAGUCACCUUAACUUGGGCUCUCUCCUUACUGUUAAACAACCGCCAUGUAUUGAAAAAAGCCCAAGAUGAGUUGGACAACCAUGUUGGUAGAGAAAAAAACGUGGACGAAUUAGAUAUAAAAAAUCUGAUAUAUUUACAUGCAAUCGUCAAGGAAACAUUGCGUCUAUACCCUGCCACACCCGUAGGAAUACCGCAUCAAGCUAUGGAAGACUGCCAAGUGGAUGGAUAUCGUGUUCCUAAAGGAACAAACUUACUGGUAAACAUUUGGAAAUUGCAUAGAGAUCCUCGUGUUUGGGUAGACCCUCACGAGUUCAAACCAGAGAGAUUUCUCACUACGAAUGAUAAUGUAGAUGUGAGGGGUCAGCAAUUUGAGUUCAUUCCUUUUGGCUCUGGGGUGCGAUCCUGCCCAGGUAUCACUUUCGCCAUGCAGGUCUUACAAUUAACACUGGCUCGUUUGCUACACGGGUUCAAUUUAGAGACCCCUUCAUAUGAACCAAUAGACAUGAGUGAAGGGUUUGGCCUUACCCUUCCAAAAGCAACCCCUUUGGAAGUCCUGCUAUCCCCACGUCUUCCUUCCAAGCUAUAUGGAAUGUAAUUGGAAGAUUAUGUACGACACAAAAAUAGUUGCUUGUAGUUGUUAAUGUGAUUAUGGGGCGGUG